AUGACUGCGCCUCUCGACAAGGAGCUCGGCUUAAAUGCGUCUAGCAGUCAAGAUAUGGCCAACAAAAGACCGGAUUUUAUUCAGACACACAGCAUUGGUGCUAGUUUCAGCAACAUGAUUGCCCAGGCUGGACCAAAACCGGCCAAAUAUCAGAAGACCAAGUCUAAGAAGCGGCCUCCUGAGCAAGCAACCGCCCAAACCAAUCCUUUUGAUAAGUUCAACACGCCUUCUAAUCACUUCUCACUGAAUCAGCCUCAAAAUCAUCGGCCUGUGACGUUCGGUGCCCGACAAAUGCAGAACCAGCAGUGGCAAAUGCCAUUGAAUCCGUUCAACCGCUCGCCUUAUGGCCCAUCUAGUCCAUUACUGUCCCACCAGGAAACUAUGGACUAUGAGCCGCAGGUGAAGCAAGAACCUGUGGAAGACGACUACUCUGAGGAAAUGGAGCUUAGCUCUGGUUCUGAAGCUGAAACUCCUGUGGCAAUAUUCCGUCCCGAUGGGAACCUCAAGCAUUUGCCGAAUGAUACAUCUAUCAAUCUGAAGCCGGCAGAUACGCGAAAGGUAAAUGAUUUAUCAGACUGCAUGGAUUUGAGUUCUGGCCCUGAAGCUGCAAGUGGAUCGCCGAAUGAAACGUCUGUAAGUCCCAGAGAGAGCAUGACACCUUUCAACGAUUCUGCAGCAUCAUCUCAUACAUCCACAAUGUUAUCAAAUGAAGCAAAGGUACCUCCAACAGAAUCUGAUCGAGGUGAAAUUUUCGAGGAUGAUCAAUCACCCCACUCAGAUACAUCCACGCAGCUUACCUCUGCCACAUCAAUAAGGAGAUCAGAAUUCGAUCUGUCGAAUGAACACCAGAAAACUUCUGCUGGGAGCCGCAUGCCACGCAGGAAGAAGUUGAACGUCUCGGAACGGCCGCCGAAGUUGGCAGCGUCCGAAAGCCUUGCGUCACCAACUGUGGCUCAGCAAGGUAUUCAUGCCGCUUAUGCAUCGAGAUUGAAUCCAUUUGCAUUGCAUCAUGAAGAGUACAAGUUUCUGAAAGACCAUAUCUGCCAUGGUCAAGUCACGGCAUAUCUGAAUAUUCGUAAUCGAAUCUUGCGCUUAUGGGUGAGAAAUCCACUUGUCCAAGUGACAGCCGAAGAGGCUGUGGGAUGUACUUCGACGUCAAGAUGGGUAGGCAUGGCAAAAUUUGCUUAUGAAUGGCUUGUGAGGAGAGGCUACAUAAAUUUCGGAUGUCUCGAGAUACCUUGUCCGCCAGAUUUACGAGUCAAGAAGUACAAACUUAAGCGUGCGAAGCGAAAGACUAUUGCAAUCGUCGGUGCAGGGAUGGCAGGCUUAGGUUGUGCUAGGCAACUAGAAGGUCUGAUACAUCAUUAUCAAGAAAGAUGGACAACUGCUGGAGAAGAACCACCCAACGUGAUUCUUCUAGAAGGCCGCAAUAGAGUUGGUGGCAGGCUCUACUCUCAUCCGCUGAAGAAUCAAAAUGCCCAAGGUAUACCAGAUCGGCAUCGAUGCACAGCAGAGAUGGGCGCCCACAUCAUUAUUGGCUUUGAUCAUGGCAACCCACUGAGUAUGAUAAUCAGGGGUCAGUUGGCUGUGCAUUAUCAUACAUUGAGAGAUAACUCUUCUUUAUACGACAUAGAUGGCAGAGUUGUUGAUGGGCAACGCGAUCGGAUGGUUGAAGCAUUGUACAAUGAUUGUUUGGACAGGGCAAGCGCUUAUCGGCACAGAAUACCUCCUCCGAUUACAGUAGAAGGGGACCGCACUCUCAUAGAGCAAGGGCAGGAUCCCGGCCAUGUGACUGGUCCGUCGAUCUCUGAGGUGGAAAAGGAGAACCCAAAUAUACCUAACAUUGAGAACCAUGACGGCACUGAAAGUGUGCCAGGUGGAAUGGACAAGCUGACUGGAAAGGCACAUAUGAUCAUGGGACCUCGAAAGAAGGAGCCGCCAGCAGUUGCGGCUGAAGCCAUGGGAUGGAAACUAGGAGAACAUGUGCUCUCCUAUGACGAUCUAAACUUGGAUGCUGUUGCUCGGUCGUCCGAAAAUCCUACUCUAGGGGCAGCUAUGGACGAGGCUGUCAAACAGUACAAUUUCCUCUUGGAUCUAACGCCACAGGACAUGAGACUCAUCAAUUGGCACUAUGCAAAUCUAGAAUAUGCCAAUGCGGCAAAUGUAGGAAAACUAAGUCUAGGCGGCUGGGACCAAGACGCUGGAAAUGAAUUUGAAGGAAGGCAUGCUCAGGUCAUCGGUGGUUACCAGCAAGUCCCGAAGGCUAUUUAUGAAUUGCCAAAGAAACUUGACCUACGUACUCGGCAAACCGCCAAGCGUAUUGAGUACAACAUAUGGAGCGGCAAUGCCAAGACACCAGGUGCGAAAAUCCAAUUAGAUGGCGGCGAUACAAUAGACGCUGAUCAUGUCGUUCUGACCUCCUCGCUUGGAGUGCUCAAAGAAGAUGCCAUUGAGUUUUCGCCGCCGUUACCGCCAUGGAAGAAAGGAGCAAUCAACCGUCUCGGAUUUGGACUUUUGAACAAAUGUAUUCUUGUUUAUGACGAGCCAUUCUGGGACAUUGAUCAGGACAUGUUCGGCCUCUUGCGGGAACCAGAGGAUAAGGAGUGUCAUGAUAGCACUGACCAAGAAGAUUAUGUGACCAACAGAGGGCGCUUCUAUUUCUUCUGGAAUUGUAUCAAGACCUCAGGGCGUCCAGUACUCAUAUCGCUUCUGGCCGGUGACGCUGCCUAUCAAGUUGAAGACACUUCUGACGCAGAGCUUGUCACGGAGGUGACAGAAGAAUUGCAAAAAGUGUUCAAGAACAAGAACGUUCCGUAUCCGGAAGAGUGUAUUAUCACAAGGUGGGCUUCAGAUCGUUUUGCACGCGGUACAUAUUCAUACGUUGGAGCCGAGUCUAUGCCUAGCGACUAUAAUUAUAUGGCGGCUCGGGUCAAUAAUCUACAUUUUGCCGGAGAAGCCACAUGUGCAACACAUCCAGCAACUGUUCAUGGCGCUUAUAUUUCAGGCCUCCGAGCCGCCUCGGAGAUUAUAGAUGAUUUACUUGGACCUAUCGAGAUAUCAGAGCCGCUUGUCACCUCGACCACACCAGUUCAAGCUGAACCUCACUCUCAGUACCCUGUUCCUCCGUCUCAACAACCACGUCCGGCUGAGACUAGAGUUGAUGAAGCUUUAAAACCAUACAAACCCCGGCUCGAGAGCUUUGAAGCGGAGAUUAUCAACGCCAUCCAUAAAACCCUGGGUUUAAAGCCACAGCAACCGAAAACCCCCCGCCCCAACGCGUGGCUACUCUACACUGCAGAGCAUUGGCAGGCAGUAAAAUCGACUCUCGGCUUGGAAAAUUCUAGCAGUAUGCGUGAAAAGGUACGACUCGCUAUGGGUGUUCAAUGGAAAGCACUUUCAGAGGAAGGGAAGAGGCCGUACAUUGAGCGGACACAGAAAGCCAAGCAAGAGGCCCAGAUAGAGCAAUUGAAUUACAGGAAAAGAGUAGAAGAUUGGGAUGCGCAGGCGAUCGAAAUCCGAAGGCAAUAUAUCAAUGACCAUCCAGGGGUGUUGACCGAGCAAGAGGAACAAGAGAUGUGGGCUAAUUUGCAACAAGUUCUCUAA